GCAGUUGGUGCGUCGCCUUUUCUCCAGCCGCAGUGAUACAGCAAAACAGCAUGGAGCCACCCGGGAAAAAGUUAAAACUUGAAGAUGUUACAGCGGGGAGACAGUACAGAAUCUGUGGCCUUCGACUCAGCUGUGAUCAUGAGACACGCGCACCAAAGAACGAAAGAGAACAAAUCUGAGUUUUUGCUAAAACUCUCCCACUGACUCAUGGCAACUAAAUAACUCGAGUGCUAAAACGUUCUCAUGAAAAACGAAAACUGAAAGAAAUUACUCUUUAGCUAGAUGUAACUCUUCGUCGCCUCACAAGUCUCUGUCGGAUAGUUUGUGUGCGCGAACAACCACCAAUUGACACACGAACAUGACUAGCCCAGCCAAAUUGGUAGAGAAUAAAAAGCAAAUUAUAUGCUCUCUUGCUUUUUCGGUCGAAUGCGAUUGUGUGUUACGUUGCGUCCGUAACUCUCUGUCUCUAUCUAUCUAUCUCUGUCUGUGUAUAGAUCAGGGUUGACGAACCGGAUGAUUAUGGUUCUAUUGACAAAGUAAAGAGAACAUGUAGACGUUGUUAGGACUGAUUAGUCGAUUGUGUGCUCGAUUUACCAGCUCAAUUGUUUGAUUGCCCUUCCCUUUUCUCUCGUCGACAGUCGAGUUACGUUUGCUUUAUACGUACAUUGGUAUUUUUGAAAUAUCUGGUCGAUCGUCGAUUUAUAUUGUUAAAUUUAGCUGGUGACACUGUCGCAUUUCAAUUUUCACGAUUCAUCUUUGUAUUUGAUGCCAAAAAAAGUCCAUUAACAAUCUACUUCGAUUCACAAUCGAUUAAUCGUUCUAUCUUACAUACAAACACAAACACAUCCCAAAGAAAUCGCAGAAGUGAAAAAUAAAAAUUCAAUGAUGUUGUGAGACUCGCGAUAAUCCAAACAACUUAGCUCGCUAAUUGACGAGACUUAUCCCUAUUAUGAUUGUUUUAAUUUCUUUGAACUUUCAGUUUCAUGGAGGUGUACCUACGUCAUAUGGCACCACUGAGAGAACAUCGUUGAUUUUCAGUUUCUGAAGUCCACAUGAUUUCCCCUUCAUUUUAUAAUUGCAUUCACAUUUUUCUUUACGUCUCUAAGAAGUCAAAAAAAAGAUUUUUUUUAUUUUUUUUUCUCAACAUUAAACAUGAAUAAUCUUUAUUCGAAAUAAUGUUUUUUCAAUUUUACAGAGCUAAACAAUACCGUCUCUAGCACCAACGACAUCCCCAAUUUUAUUCAAUUAAAAAAAAAGAAUGGAUGCUUAUUUCGUUUUUUAAAAGCAUCGUUCAUGUACUUCAACCGUUAUGCGUUCUUUCGCAAAACUUUUAAAUCGUUAUACCAAAAUAAAAUCAUCAAUAGAGAAAAUAUGACGGUUGGAGUAUUACUACGAGUUUAUACUUGUACUAUUUCUAAUUAGUUGACUUUGCAGGAAAUGGCUCAGAGUUCUUACCCGGCCCAAUUUACGAUCUCAGUCAAACAGGGCAGGUGGUUGCAGGGCCUGGAGCCAAGUUCCAAUCGUUGUCUUCCGACCAACAGGACACCGUGACACGGGCUAAGAAGUAUGCUAUGGAACAGAGUAUUAAGAUGGUGCUAAUGAAACAGACUUUGGCCCACCAGCAACAGCAAAUGGCUAGUCAGCGGAAUCAGGUGCAGAGACAACAGGCUUUGGCCCUAAUGUGCAGGGUGUAUGUAGGUAGCAUAAGUUUCGAGCUGAAGGAGGACACAAUAAGACAAGCAUUUUUACCAUUCGGGCCGAUAAAAUCAAUCAACAUGUCAUGGGAUCCAGUGACCCAAAAACACAAGGGUUUUGCGUUUGUCGAGUAUGAGAUACCGGAGGCCGCACAAUUGGCCCUCGAACAGAUGAAUGGUGUCAUGAUUGGUGGACGUAAUAUCAAGGUUGUCGGUCGCCCAUCGAACAUGCCGCAGGCACAAUCAGUAAUCGACGAAAUCACAGAAGAAAGCAAACACUACAACCGCAUUUACAUCGCAUCAAUUCACCAGGAUCUCACGGAGGAAGAUAUCAAGUCCGUUUUCGAAGCUUUUGGACCGAUAACAUACUGCAAGUUGGCACAAGGUUCAUCACCUCAUCGACACAAAGGCUAUGGUUUCAUCGAGUACGAGUCGAUGCAAUCGGCUCUCGAAGCUAUUGCCUCGAUGAAUCUAUUUGAUCUUGGUGGUCAAUAUUUACGCGUUGGCCGUGCUAUCACUCCACCAAAUGCACUGAUGGGUCCACCAACUGGUACCAGCAUGAUGCCAACCGCUGCUGCCGUAGCUGCUGCUGCUGCGACCGCUAAGAUUCAAGCAAUGGAUGCCGUUGCCAGUAAUGCUGUUGCUUUAGGUCUAAGCAAAUUAGGUGCCGCUGCUCAACCAAUUUUGAAUACUACGUUACCAGGCAUUGUCAGACCGACGCUCGCCGCAGCAAUACCAGCACUUGUGGCCGCACCGACGAUUGCCACUGUUGCUCCUAUUAUUCCACCACCAGGUAUCGCUAUUCCACAGACGCUCAACAGACCACCUGCAAUCAUUCAACCGAUACCUGGACAAGCCGUAGUUCUACCACCUCCAAGUGUUGUCACUCCGACCGUUGUAGGAGCACCUGUUCCACUACCAGUUGUUACGGCAGCGCCAAUGGUAGUAGCAGCAGCAGCAUUAGCAGCUGGUCCAGAAGCCCUUCGACGAGCGCAAGAACAAGCAGCGCAGAAACAACAAGAAGAACUACAAAAGAAACUCCUUGAAGAAGCUGAACCACAGACGCUUCAACAACAAGAGAACAUGUCAAUCAAAGGACAAAGUGCCCGUCACCUUGUCAUGCAGAAGCUCAUGCGUAAGGUCGAGUCACGCGUUGUUAUUUUACGCAACAUGGUCGCACCUGAGGAUGUAGAUCAAAGUCUGCAGGAAGAGAUUCAAGAUGAAUGCUCCAAAUUUGGAGUCGUUGAGAAGGUGAUCAUUUACAAUGAAAGGCAGUCCGAGGAUGAUGACGACGCAGAGAUCAUCGUCAAAAUUUUCGUUGAAUUCUCGCAAAUGAGUGAAGCAGAAAGAGCGCGAGAUUCACUCAAUGGACGCUACUUUGGCGGCCGAUUGGUCAAAGGCGAUUUGUAUGACCAAGCUUUAUACGACAACAAUGACUACUCGGGUUGAACAAUUUCCUAUUUGCUGAAUAAUAAUUUUUCGCACACCGAGUUCUUAAGUUUACGCACUGUAAUAACUCAGGACAAAUUAGCUGUCUGGUUUUCUGUACAAAUGUAUCCGUUAAGUAUGCUUUAUUUUACCCUUUCCUGCCGUAAAGUUUCCUUUCCUUUAUGACUCGAAUUAUAUAAGUUGCAUCUCUUUUGGCAAUAUUUUCUCCUAUGGAAGAACAAAUGCAUAAAUAUACGGGAGUAUACCAACUAGAUUUCUUAUAUAUCCGCUAACGAAAAUGUAUAAUUCAAUUUUUGUAUAAAGCGGACGGUACAAUGCAAAGCAUAUGUAAAUGGAAAUUUAAGUUUAAUCACUGUUGCUAGCCAACAAAAAAGCGUAGAUAUUGUAUACUAGUGUCUUUGGAUUAUUCUUUUUUAUUACCUUUUCUUGGAUUAGUUUGAUUAGUUUUUUUUCACAAUAAGCUAAGUGAAGAAUCUUUACUAUGUUAGUUGUAUAAUUAUUUUCGUGUAAUUUGUACAGAAAAGGUUUAUCUAUUGCAUACAAAUCAAAUGAAUUUGACCAUCUGCUGGUGGCCAAAGACUCGGUUAAAAGAGCAAAUGUAAUUGUAUUUAAAUAUUACUUGUAUAUGUAUUAUAGUAUUUAAAUUACUAAUAAAUCGUUUUUC